CUGCGGUGGUGGUAGCUUUCUUCGUGUGCUGGGCCCCUUUCCACAUCCAGAGGCUGUUCUUCAUCUACGGGGACAGCCUGCCUCAGUUCCACGUCAUCAACGAGCACCUCUUCAAUGUGGCGGGGGCGCUUUACUACGUGUCGGCUACUGUCAACCCUAUACUGUACAAUGUCAUGAGUGGCAGAUAUCGGCUGGCAUUCAGAGAGACGCUGCUUUGCCGCACUUUGCGUCGCAGCGAUUCCCGUAACUUGAAUUUGGAACACACCAGCUGCCGUGACGUCACGCCUCUGCCAAGCCUGAACAAGCCGCCUCACUACCGCAGGAGGGACCAGAGGAUAUCCUUCAUCAGCAAGGUGGACUACAUAAAGGACCCGUCGCCAUUCUGUAUUGCCAAAGACGGUGACGUCCCCGUGCUGAAGUAUUAUGAUGACGUCAAAAAGGUGUACCUGAGUGACUGCGAUGUCAGCAAAAGUGAUGGUUAGGUGAUGAAAACCGGGUUAUAUCAUACUG